GCCUCGCCUCUCGCUUACAAUUCGUGCGUAUGCAGUGUUAAAACCGACCCUUCGGGUCUUCCGGGUCGCCCAAGAGGUGCAUAGCCUACAAAAUGCGCCUUGAGCAGUUUUUCGCCCUUACUUACAUCGCAGCUAUCCCACAAUCUCCUUGGGUGAGUGCUGAUGAACAUUUUCUCUCUUCGGCACCACAGCACAGACAGCCCUUCUACGCGGCAAUCACUGCUUCCAUUAUACUCGCAAAAAGGAAAUAUUGCCUUGAACAUGUCCCAUCCCUCAGUCGAGUCGUUAAGCUCCGAAAUCGAAUCUCAACCUGAUUUCAGAGCUUAUAAGCUUCCAACAGCGAGAAUCGAUCGGAAGAGGCUGGUUCAAACACUUGAGAGGCGAUUUGGACAGAGUGGAUUUCGAGUCGAACUGAAAUUGAAUCAGUAUACUGUGUUCGUUGCAGAAGAUCUGACGGAAGCAAGUUUUCGCCACGUCGAUUUGUAAUUUUCGCUGCUGACAGUAAUCAGCGGCAAAUGUACCAAAUAUACUAUUCGUGAUGCGCGCAUUCUUGUCGUGGGCUCAGAGGAAAUGGGUUUUUUAUCCUAGUUUGACCCUUCAUCGAAAUUGUAUUCAUAUAGGGGUUGCAUGAGUUGUCAAGAGCCUCACGGGUCAAAGCAGUACCGUAGUUGAGGACAGAAGGACGAAUGUUGUGUGGCAUCUUUUCUUUACAGGAUUAUAAUUGGGAUUGUUUCUUAGAUCA